GCGGCGGGCGCUCGCCCUCAGGCGGGCCCCGGGGCGGCGGCAUGUCGGCGGAGCGCCUCUGGAGACUAUACCUUCUGUAAAGCUUUGUGGAAGAUAGAUGUGUGUGCUGCAAUGGUGACAUAAAUAUUUCAGAGGACUGGAACAAGUUGUUGAGAAUCUGUGUUUGUUUUUAAUGCUGCUGUCAAGAACAAUCUAAGGCAAGUAAACAACAUGAGUUUUAUCAUGAAACUUCACAGACAUUUUCAAAGAACAGUUAUUUUGCUGGCCACUUUUUGUAUGGUGAGCAUAGUUAUUUCUGCAUACUACUUGUACAAUGGCUACAAACAGGAAAAUGAACUUUCUGAAAUCUCUUCAGAAGUGGAAUGUGGUGAUCUUCAACUGUUGCCGUACAAGCUGAUGGAGAUGAAGACCAUGAAGCCUAUUGAUCCCCUGAGGACAGAUCUUGUAGUGCUGGUGUUUGUGGAAAGUCAGUACUCAACAUUAGGCCAAGAUAUUAUAACCAUUUUAGAAUCUAGCAGAUUUCAGUUUCACAUCGAGAUUGCACCUGGAAAAGGUGACCUCCCAGUGCUUAUAGACAAAAAUAAAGGCAAAUAUGCUCUCAUAGUAUAUGAAAAUAUUCUAAAGUAUGUGAAUAUGGACUCUUGGAACAGAGGCCUUCUAGAUAAGUACUGUAUAGAAUAUGGUGUAGGUGUUAUUGGAUUUCACAAAGGCAAUGAGAACAGCUUGCAGAGCUUUCAGUUGAAGGGCUUUCCUUUCCAUGUCCACAGCAAUCUGGGUAUUAAGGACUGUUGCAUUAACCCUCAUUCCCCACUGCUCCAUGUGACUAAAUCCUCUAAGCUUGAGAAAGGUCCCUUGCUUGGAAAUGACUGGGCGGUUUUCCAGAUUAAUCAUACAUCUUAUCAACCAGUGAUUUUUGCAAAAGUGAAGACGCCAGAAAACCUUUCACCACCUGCUGCUAAAAAUGCUCUCCAUGCCACAGUAAUUCAUGACCUGGGGCUCCACGAUGGAAUUCAACGAGUCCUUUUCGGCAAUAACUUGAAUUUUUGGCUGCACAAGCUGAUUUUCAUAGAUGCUAUCUCUUUCCUGUCUGGAAAGAAGCUCAGACUGUCCUUGGAUAGGUACAUUCUGGUUGACAUAGAUGACAUCUUUGUUGGGAAGGAGGGAACAAGAAUGAACACCAACGAUGUACAGGCCCUGCUUGACACUCAGAAUCUUUUGAGAGCUCAGAUUACAAAUUUUACUUUCAACCUGGGAUUUUCAGGGAAAUUUUAUCACACAGGCACUGAGGAGGAAGAUGAGGGCGAUGACCUGUUGUUGAGGUCUGUAGAUGAGUUUUGGUGGUUUCCCCAUAUGUGGAGUCACAUGCAACCUCAUCUCUUCCACAAUGAGUCGUCACUGGUAGAGCAGAUGAUCCUCAACAAAAAAUUUGCCUUAGAACAUGGUAUUCCAACUGAUUUUGGCUACGCAGUGGCUCCACACCAUUCUGGAGUCUAUCCAGUACAUGUUCAACUUUAUGAUGCCUGGAAAAAGGUCUGGAAUAUCAGAGUUACCAGCACAGAAGAGUACCCUCAUCUGAAGCCUGCCAGGUAUAGACGAGGCUUCAUCCACAAAAAUAUCAUGGUGCUUCCUAGGCAGACUUGUGGCUUAUUCACUCACACAAUUUUCUACAAAGAGUAUCCUGGAGGCCCAAAGGAACUAGACAAAAGUAUUCAAGGAGGAGAGUUGUUUUUCACAGUGGUUCUCAAUCCAAUUAGCAUCUUCAUGACACAUUUGUCUAAUUAUGGAAACGACCGUCUGGGGCUAUACACCUUUGUGAAUCUGGCCAACUUUGUUCAUACCUGGACAAACCUGAAACUGCAGACUCUUCCUCCAGUUCAGCUGGCUCACAAGUAUUUUGAACUAUUCCCUGAGCAAAAGGACCCUCUCUGGCAGAAUCCCUGUGAUGACAAACGGCACAGAGAUAUCUGGUCUAAAGAAAAAACUUGUGAUCGAUUACCAAAAUUCUUGGUUGUAGGACCCCAGAAAACCGGUACCACUGCCUUGUAUUUGUUCCUGGUCAUGCAUCCUUCCAUCAUUAGUAACUCCCCCAGCCCAAAAACCUUUGAGGAGGUACAGUUCUUUAAUAGAAAUAACUACCACAGGGGGAUUGAUUGGUACAUGGAUUUCUUCCCCACUCCUUCUAAUGUCACAACUGACUUCCUCUUUGAGAAAAGUGCCAACUAUUUCCAUUCUGAGGAAGCUCCUAAGCGAGCUGCUUCCCUCAUCCCCAAGGCCAAGAUUAUCACCAUCCUCAUUGACCCAUCCGAUCGGGCGUAUUCCUGGUAUCAGCAUCAGCGAUCACAUGAAGACCCUGCAGCUCUAAAAUUCAGCUUCUAUCAGGUGAUCACAGCUGGACCUCGAGCCCCAUCUGAGCUUAGAGCUCUCCAAAAGAGAUGCCUAGCACCUGGAUGGUAUGCUACCCAUAUUGAAAGAUGGCUAACUUACUUCCCACCUUAUCAGUUGCUAAUUAUUGAUGGACAGCAGCUGAGAACUGACCCAUCUACUGUAAUGGAUGAAGUACAGAAAUUUCUGGGAGUCUCUCCUCAUUAUAAUUACUCUGAAGCCCUGACGUUUGAUUCGCAUAAAGGUUUCUGGUGUCAGCUCCUGGAAGAAGGAAAAACAAAGUGUCUUGGCAAGAGCAAAGGUAGAAAAUACCCCCCUAUGGAUUCUGAGUGCAGGGCUUUUCUGUCAAGCUACUACAGAGAUCACAAUGUGGAACUGUCAAAACUCCUACACAAAUUGGGACAACCCCUGCCAUCGUGGCUGAGACAGGAGCUACAGAAAGUAAGAUAGCAUUGAAAAAAGGCUUUUUGAAAUCUCUUCCACACUUCGGUCAUCAUACCUAAAGUCUCCAGUAUCUACCAGAAGGUCUUGUAAGAUAUACCUCUUCAAAAAUGAGUAGAAGAUAGAAAUUAUUUCCAUAUGCUGGCAUGUGGAUUGUGAAAAUACACGUGUUUCUUAGAGCUCUGGUGGGUCAAAUCUUUCUCAUAAACAUUUAUGAACCUGUGGACUGGUGGACUACUGUGCACAUAUGUGGAAAUUAUUUGCAACUGGUAUAAGCUUCAGAGAUACAUGACCUGUCCAAUUUCAUGGUAAAUAUUUACAUUUUUGUAUAUCAGUUAUAAGUAUUGUGUCUCAUGUAGGUUUUGUAGCCCAUUGUUAGACCACUGACAGUUUUUCUUACUAUUUGAUUAUUGUCUUGCAUAAAAUAAGAAAACAAUGUAGCACAAAAUGCCAGGUGUACUUCUGCCUUUGGAAUCAGCUUGCUAAUACCCAAAGUAUAUACUAGCAAGGGUGAGAAGUACAGUUAUCAUACAUGACUUGGCUGUGCACAGCAGCAAAAUACAUGGAGCAAAAUCUGGAAGCCACAGGCAAAAGCAGUGUAGAAGAAACCACACACACACAGAGAAAACAUUACCAAUGCUAUAGCCUGUAACAACAAACACAAUGUGGUAAGUGUCUUUGUCCAUAAUUACUAUGUCUGAUUUUGUACUGAAAUGGCAAAAUACAGAAUAUAGCCAUGAUCUGAACAGAAAUUUAAUUGGACAUGUGAAGCACAAGAAUUGCAGUAUUAUCCUUAUGAGCAGUAUGAACAGGCUUUCACUCCUGGCUUCUAUGAGCAGCUGGAUCCACAUACUGCACUCUGGGCUUACGUUACUGUGAAUCAGGAAUGACUCCACUGAAAUGAACAAAAAUCUCGUAAAGAGCAGAAAUAGAUUGCCUUAAUUUACACCACUAUUUUCCCCUUAAUUUAUUGCCUUUGAUCAAUGCUUUAUGUAUUCUAAGACCCUUCAACCCAAUCAAAAUUGUAGCAUCUUUUAGUAACCUUCAGUUUACAUCAGGUGCAAAAAUCUAUCAGAUUUCCAGGUUAAAAUACUGGUUUUGGUUCCAUGUUUGGUAUUAAAUAUUAGGAAAAAAAUUUAGGAGAAAAAAAAUAAAUACACAGUGUGUAAACAUGGUAGGAAAUUACUCCCUAAUCAUGGAAAUCACAAGCAUCCAGCUUUACAUUUAUAUGAUACAUUUCAAUGAUACAUCUCACAAUGCGUCAGUUUAGAUGUGAGAUAAAGUCUAAUUAAUAGUACUUAAAAGUCAAGAAAGUCAAGGCCGAGUAUGGCCUUAAUGCUUCUCCACUGAACUUUGGCUCUGAGGGUUUGUAAAGGCAUCAAGAGGUAGUGAAAGCAAAAGAGAAAUACGGUACUAAAUGCAAUGCUUUUUACAGUAGCUCUAUAAUGUUAUCAUAAUUUGUUUUAGGGUGAAUAGUUAAAAACAUGCAUCAAAUGGUGGGAAAACUUUAUAUGUCUCAGUGCUGUUUUACGACAUUUACGUAAUCAUAUAAUUUAGCUUUCAAGGUAAUGGAAUGGAAACCAGUUUGUUAUUCCCUAAAUAGAAAACAGAUGUUGAGAUCCUUACUGUACCUCUAACUGGUAAUCUUUAUUAUUUAUUGAUUUUGUCUAUGUAAUAUGUGGUUUUGAUAGGCCUGUAAAGAAAAAAAUCUAGACAAAUUUGCUGUAUAUAACAAUAUUCUUUACGCAGCACAUUUUUGCUAAGGGAAUAUGCAUGAUUGAUGAUGAGGACGUACUAGAGUAGACAUUUUUUAAGAUGAACAUCUUUAUUAUUUAUUAGACAGAAUGAGAAUUUUCAUUUCACUUUAGAUAUUCACUGUCAUAUAGAUUCAUCCCAAAAGCUGACUUGUCUUAAAAUUCUUCUUAUUUGAUAAAAGAAACACUCUGGAUUCUGAACAUCCAUAAAAGCAAAUACUCUGCAUGCUAUGGACAGCUCACACAUCCUGCAAGCAUCUAUAUGGAUUUGUUACAACUAAAUUGAAUAACAGGACAAAAUACCCAGGAUUUUCAUCCUGACAUGAUUGAUUUUACCCUUGAUAUAACCUGAUGUAACAUCACUCAAACAUUUUCAAAAAAUCCGCAGGGAUUGCACAAAGCUCCUGUUUUUUGCACUCCUGCCUCAGUUACUCCAUGUUCUUCAGUGCAGCAAUUAUAAAAUAGAAGAAAAUAGGAAAAACCUUGGACACUAUCAAGUGACUGAAGUUUUCAUGGUGAGAGAACCCUCUGCACACAAAUUGAGUGCCUCCUACAUGCAGGAGGAACGGGCUUCAGCCGUAUUCAUAGUUCAUUCUUUUCAAGAACUCCCUUUCUGUCCUCUUUCUCUGGGAAAUCAACGCCCCACAGAGUGAGAAUGAGCGGGCAGUGAAGGAGAGAGUGGUGAGGGGGAUACGCACAUCACAUCAGUCGCAUUGUUCCUCCAGAAAUUUUACAACAGACAAGGUGACGUCUCAGAUCUGUGGGCUAGUUCUGUUAAGUCCUCUCUGAGCUACGGCAAGGAGCCCCAUACAGUUAGUGAUCUGGUAAAGCAGCCCACCUGCAGUCACCACGUAACACUGGGAGGAGAAGCCCCCCACAUGCAUGGCCUUGGCUUUGCGUGGACAGGCUUGGUUUGGCAGCUAAACACAAAGCUGGUCCUCCAGGAUGAGCAUGGUGACUCUCAAGUCCUGAUGAUGGACAGCAGGGUGGAGCUCUUGGAUUGUCCCAGUGCCCUUCUUAAGGGAUGAACUGGGAACAAAAUGAAUGAGUUCCUAGGAAAAUCUUCAAUGGAUUCCUGUGGUAACUACCUGAAUUGAGACUGUAACCAUAGUAGCUUGACCUGGAACUGUGCACCUGAAAGGGCGUGAUCUUGAAUCUAAAUCUCCUGUUGAGAAGCAGCUGUUAAGCAGUAGCAUCUUUAGAAAAGGUGCUCCAGGAUUAGCUGCUGGUACGCUAGGUGGGCUAGUGCCAGAUACCAAAGCAAUGAAGAAGUCAAGGCAAACUGCUGGAGCUCUGCAGUUCUGGAUUUCUGAUGUUCACUUAUUACUUGUUUAUACAAAGAUGGUUUUGUGUUUUUUUUUCCUGCAGAACUAUUCUAUUUAAACACGUUCUUACAUUUAACAGGAGACUGUAAAAAACAGAAUGACUUUUAAUGUUCAGUCAGCUUGGUGAGGAAUGAAGAACCUGAGCAAAGCAUGCAGACAACAGCUAGAUGCAUUAUACCCCAAAUCAUAGGAUGCACAUGAGUACAGCUGAGUAAGCAAGUCAUAUAGCAUGAAUUAUCUGACAAAGUUUAACCUCUUCUAUUCACAGCUUACCUACAAUCAGUGUUUGACUUCCAGAAAUGGACUGUCAGUAUUGACACUCUUGAAAAAUACUGAUUCAUUACAAUGAAUUUAUAUUUGCUAGUCAAAGUCAGAUAUUUUAUUGUGGUUGGUAACACAGCCAUGGUUUCUGUUCCCCUGGUAGGUAACUGCACAAGCAAUUUCUUUAACAAAUGCUUGACUAUUGGAGCUUCACCUUUAUUUUCAUAAAUAUGAUUCUGAAAUUUGCUUUCUGCGAUCAUCUGUGCCAUUAAAAAUCAUUGUGUGAUCAUGAGCAGAAAGUGACCAUUAGGGGUGGUGUAAAGACAGAGCCUGAAAUGAAAUCACUUAAUUAUUUGAGCAAACAUUCCUGAAAAUACUGUGAUAUUUUCCCAGUUCUACUUGUGCAGACAGAAUUAGUUUCAAUGAUUUGCAGACUAUCUUGUACAGAAUAUCCUUUUUCAUUGCUUAAAAAUGUGAACUUCCUCAGGAAGAAAUUAAAUAGAUAUUUCAAUGUUUAUAGAUGUAAUACUCUUGUCAUUCACAUUGAAUGAAAAUUGCUGGAAACAUUUUUCUCAAAGUUUUUUAAAAUAAGAAAUAGAUAUUAUUCUGAUAGUGGCAUGGUAUCUGAAGUGCAACAAUAAACUCUGAUAAGAAAAUGUA